CCCUAUAUAACCAGCGGGACUCUCUCUCCUGCUAGCUCUGACUUGUCCACCAUAUCCUCUCCCGAGCCUUGCCGUUCGUUCCGCCAGAAUUCUAUCCAGAGAAGAGACCACCCUGCUUUCGCCUCCGAGCACGUACAGCUCUCUGCUUCGGUCUCAUCGCGCGGAAGACCUCCCUGCUUCGUUCUGCCGGUUGGCGUUUCAGCUCGGGCGAUCAUCAUGGGGUUCCCGCUGGUGAGCUACGUCCUCGCCGUGCCCAAGCCGGUCGUCGUCUUCUGCAAGAUGCUCAGCGUCAUCAGGGACGCCUUCCUGCUGAUGCUCGCCGUCCUGGGGCUCUGCCCCUUCCCGUACGACGACGGCUCGCCCCGCCGGGCGGACGGGCCGAAGCCAGAGGAGGUGAAGGGCCGGCUCCCCGCCGUGGAGUACGGCGAGCUCGUGGCCGAGCGGCUGGUGGUGGCGUCCCCGGGCGGCGGCGGGCACGCGGCGUGCCGCGGCGAGGAGGACGCGGCGGCGGCGGCGGCGGUGGCCUCGCCGACGUGCAUCGUGUGCCUGGAGAAUGUGGAGGCGGGGCACGAGGUGCGGCGGCUGGGCAACUGCGCGCACGCCUUCCACCGCGGCUGCAUCGACCGGUGGAUCGACCUCGGGCGGGCGACGUGCCCGCUGUGCCGGUCCGACCUGCUGCCGCGCCCGCGGGGCCGGGCCCGGCUGGGCCGGCUCGCCAGCCUCCUCACGCGCGUUUGGUGAGCGGUCCUCUUGGAGGGCAGUUUUGUCUUUUCGACGGCCGGGCCUCAUCGCAGCCCAUCUCUAGGUGGAGCCGCCGGAAUGGCGCGGCGCGGACAGGUUAGCGACGGCGACAUGGCCGCCGGGCGGUACAACGGCGCCUCUGCUAUCAGCCAACCAUUAAUCAUCAAUGGGGGGCUUAAUUGGCAGCUGUUUAGCUCGAUCCACCUGACAGUUUAUAUAGUACUCGACAUGUCGACGGCUUAUCCGGCGACUAAUCCUCAUUAUAGGAUAUGUACAUUACAUUCAUAUAUAGUGCUAUAGUGCUAUAUCAUCAGCUAUAUUCAUUGUACACGAACUUUUCUCUCUCUACCUUCUAUACUAGUAUGUAAUACACGAAUAAUAUUUAAUUAGUUCAUUGACUUUUGUGUAACUUAGUACUCCUACUUAUCUAGUUGGGCACAUGCACAACUUAUCUCUAGUUGGGCACAUGCACAUUCUGUGCUAUAUCAUCAGCCAUAUUCAUUGUACACGAACUUCUCUCUCUACCUUC